CUCUUUUGUCUCUUACUAUAAAUUAAAAUUUUCUCAUCAAGCCCUAAUCAAAACGAAUUUCAGUAAACCCCAGCGGGUCGAGCUUUUUCCUCCGACCUCCGACGGUAAGAUUGUGCUAAUUUUGGUCGGAAAAGAAAAUGGCGGAGCACUUGGCGUCGAUAUUCGGGACGGAGAAGGACAGGGUCAACUGCCCGUUCUAUUUCAAGAUCGGCGCGUGCAGGCACGGCGACCGGUGCUCGCGCCUCCACACGAAGCCCAGCAUCAGCCCCACGCUCCUGCUCUCCAACAUGUACCAGCGCCUAGACAUGGUCACCCCUGGCGUUGACCCUCAAGGCCAACCCCUCGAUCCUAAAAAGAUCCAAUCUCAUUUUGAGGAUUUCUACGAAGAUUUGUUUCGGGAGCUAAGCAAGUAUGGUGAUAUUCAAAGCCUCAACAUCUGUGAUAAUCUGGCAGACCACAUGGUGGGUAAUGUCUACAUCCAAUUUAGGGAGGAAGAUCAAGCUCAAAUUGCUCUUCAAAAUCUCAUGGGGAGGCCUUACAACGGCCGGCCCAUAAUUGCUGACUUCUCUCCCGUGACGGACUUCCGUGAGGCCACGUGUAGGCAAUACGAAGAAAACGUUUGCAACCGGGGAGGAUACUGUAACUUCAUGCAUCUUAAAAAGAUAGGCAGAGAGCUGAGACAGCAACUAUUCCGGAAAAGGAGAAGCAGGCAUGACCGCAGUAGAAGCAGAAGUCGUAGUCCACGUCAUCGUAAAUAUGAAGACAGACAUGGUUUGAGUAGGAGGAGUGAGCAUGGUCACCAUGACAGGGGUAGAAAGGUCCGUAGCCGAAGUCCAUCCGGAAGGAGAAAUCGGAGCUCCAUCAGAGAAAGUAGUGUUGAGAGAAGGGCGAAAAUUGAGCAGUGGAACAGGGAAAGGGAGGAGGGAGAACGGGACAGAGAUCGUCAUAAUGGAAAAAAGGAUGAUGGCAACUCCAAGGAGGAUACUAAGCGAGAUUUGUCCGAGAAUGGGAAUGAAAGUUAUGACGUUUGAAGCGCGUUAGCACACUGUCUUCUGCAGAAAAAGAUUGCAGCAAUUUAUACAAUUGGAGCCUCAGGUAUGAAUGAUGCUUCUGGUUUUCUUCCGACAUGAAAGUGACCCUUUUACAGCAAUGGCUUACAGCCACAUCUAUAGUAAUCUGUUUCUCGGCACCUUUUCCAAUUCCCAAGUUGCGUGAUUUUAGACUUUGUUUUAUUUUCAUUGUGUUGAAAGAAGUUCAAUCUAAUUGCUGACAUUUAUAAAUGUGUUCGUAGUAUGUUCAAGGAAUGCGUAUCUAUGGAAUGCUUGUUCUUUUUUUGUGAAAUACA